GCACAGAUGCUGCCCGACCCGCUGUGUUCGUCUAGCACUUUGUGUUAUUUUAACUAACGAAAUACUUGGAUUGAGUAUAAACGGUAGAGGGUGUGAGAGGUUUUCAAUUAAUACAUUGCAGUCGCAAUGAAUACAUUGAUCCAAGAAGAUUACAUAAACAUCAGGAGCAUUUUUGUUAUUGAGGAGGAUCAUCAUAAUUGACAUUGAUGAAUAAGUGAAAUUGCAGAUGGAAUUUAUUCUCGUUAGCAUGGUCAAUAUCUGAAUGAGAUGAAAGUCUUGGAAUUACUCAAGAAACUGCUAAAUAUCACGUCUUGGACAUUCAGGAUCUCCCGGGAAAGCUAAAGGCUGAGUGAAUAAUGUCCCUUUGUCACUAUUUGUUUUGGAGAAUAAAGACAUUUUGAGGCGACCAGAUGAAGUCUCGGUGUAAUCUGCGGGAUGUGGCGGGGCAGGACGAGGGUGAAGAGAGGUGGGAGUUUCCUUGUGUUUAUCUUGGGAGGUUCCUAGGAUCAGUUGUCAAACGGACGAGGCAAGCGCAUAGCGCGGGAUGUAAUGGGACGAGAGACCGAGCGAGAUUCAAUUUUCCGGAGCCCAAAAGGAUUGUAGAAGCAUUUGAAGUCAUGGGCGACAAAGAAACGUGUGGUUUAUGCUGGGAAGAUUUUUGGAAUUAUGAAACUCCGAAAGUUGUGGUGGUUAAAAACAGAAAUUUAGGAAUUAUCUACAGAAUCAUCCAACUUGUCAUCAUCAUGUACUUUGUCGUGUAUGUUUUCAUCAUUGAGAAAUCAUACCAAGAAAGAGAGAGCGCUCCUGAGAGUUCUGUCAUCACUAAGGUCAAAGGAAUUGCAAUCACAAACUCCUCCUUGGAAAGAAAAAUAUGGGAUGUUGCAGAAUAUAUCAAACCUCCAGAGGGUGGAGAUAUUUUCAGCAUUACCGUGCGAACUAUGACAACCCCUUUUCAGAGACUGAACACGUGUCCUGAGAGUGAUGAUGUUCCCGGAUCUGAAUGCAAAUCUGACCUGGACUGUGAGGCUGGAGAAAUGGAUCAACUUGGAAAUGGAAUUAAAACGGGGAGAUGUGUAAUUUUCCGUGACAUGAAUAAGACAUGCGAGGUCGAAGCAUGGUGUCCAGUGGAGAAUGAAAUAAACAUGAGGGACUCAGUACUGGAAGGAAUACAGAAUCUUACUUUGUUCAUCAAGAACAGCAUUAAUUUCCCGAGGUUUGGGUUCUCAAAAGGAAAUAUUCAGAAAAGUUCAAAACUAAAUUGCACGUUUGAUGAGGACACCAACCUCUACUGUCCCAUUUUCCCAAUUGGCUUCAUUGCUGAAAAAGCCGGGGAGAGUUUUGAUAACCUCCGCGAAAAGGGAGGAGUUCUGGGAAUAAUUAUAAACUGGUUGUGUGAUCUGGAUAAAGACGCAUCCGAAUGCAACCCUCAAUAUUCCUUUAGAAAACUGAAUUCAGGAUAUAACUUCAGGCAUACAAAGUACUUCAUGGAGAACGGUGUUGAAUAUAGGACCUUAACUAAAGUAUUUGGGAUAAGAAUUGACAUUAUCGUCCACGGUGAGGCAGGAAAAUUUAAUAUCGUUCCAACGAUAAUUAAUGUCGCUUCAGCUCUCACAUCCAUUGGGAUUGGAUCAUUCCUGUGUGACUGGAUUUUGCUGACUUUCAUGAACAAGAAUGAUGUUUACAGUGCAAAGAAGUUUGAAGAGGUAAUAAAGAAUGGAAAUACAUCAACACAUCAUGAAAAUGGAACUACAGAACAAGAAGUGAGACCAGUACUACCACAAAAUUGCAAACAUUGUUGAUAACAUUACCAACAAUUUUAUAUUGCAGGGAGAACCAACCUAAACGUUACCAUGGAGGCUCACACAUGAAACUCAAGACACCAGAAGCUCGACAUGAGCCUCAAGAAAAAGAGUAUAAGAUUUAUUUUAAACUACUGAUCCUGGUUGAACAUACUGUGGCUUUUAGAAUACAUGCGAUUUCAAUAUCUUGUCAUUUUUGAAGCAACAUAUAUUUUCUUUGCACAUACUUGACUUUUCACCUUUCUAAAUUACGAGAUCCAUUUAUUAGCAAGGUGGAUGGUUCUUAACUUUGGGAAGGGAAAAUAAUACAUUUUCAUUUCUACUUUGAAAAUUAAAGAUCAAGAAUGAACUCAACUUGGAUUUUUUACUCCUUCAUAAAUAAGGACAAAUUGCUUUCAAUUUUACCACCUGCACAAACCAUAAGAACGUACCCACUGGCACCUCUUCUUUGCAUAUCACAGCUGCAUGAAACUGCACCUGCAUCAGACCUUUGUGGAAAGCAUUCACACUUCAACGGGAGACCACAAGCUGGAGGUGAGCAACCUCAGCAUUCAAACUAAUGCUAUAUUUGACUUUACAACAUUCUAAUUAUACAAUAUACUCAUCUCCUUUAUUUAGAGUAAGUCACAUAUCAAUGUUUCCAGGAUUGAGCAGUCCGUAAAGGAGAAUUUCCAAGAUGGAUCAAACGUUAAUGCAUUAAAUCCCAGGCUUCCUAUUAAAAAUACUAGAUCAGAAAACUAAUCCUAUUAUUCAAAUUCAUUCUAUUGUUAUCAACCUGUAUUUUAAGCAUUGUUUUUUUUUUUAUUCCUGGCAUUUGUGGAAGCUGGAAAUAUAGGUUGAAAAAA